CAAGGAGGAGAAAACUGUAUAGAUUUCCUGUAUGAAAAUCGACAGAUUUUUUCCAAUACCUGUUUAUUUGCAUUAGUUUCCACUUUAAGGACAUUUUGAAAUACUUAACUUGGAACAACACUUUUAUAAAAGUCUUACAUGUAGCAGAAAGGCAAAAAUUAUAAUGCGUGAAAAGUCGCAGUAAAAUUUUGAGGAAUUAGGAUUAUAUUCUCCACUUCUCCACAUGUCAGAUUUCGAUUACGCUGCAUCUGAAAACGAGGCUCUUCUGCUAGACUACAGGCAGAUGGAGAGUCCUGCGUCAACGUCAUACAACAGUCGAGGAGGGGCCAACGGGAGAGCAGCAGUGAAUAGGGUGAGUAGUGACGAGGAGCUUCUAGAUACGAUGAUUGUUGGAGGAAAUUUAGAGAGGUCGACGGGAUUCUCUAAUAAAGAAUUAGAUGGAAGAAUACAUGGAUCUUCAAGUCUUAUGGACACAUUGGAUGACCUGCCACCAGGUAUAGGACAGUAUGAAGAUUUCCACACAAUAGACUGGUUACGAGAUGUGGCGCGAGACCGUAUGCGACACAGACAGGUGGUGAAGAAAAAACAAGAUGGCUGCUUCGAGUAUCUCAAGGGAGCUCAUGAUGCGUGGUCAGGUUGGAUGUGUGUUCUCCUUGUGGGUAUUGCUGCAGGUGCAUUAGCGGGUCUUAUAGAUAUAGGUGCAUCAUGGUUGUCUGAUAUUAAGGAAGGUAUUUGUAGAGAUGCAUUCUGGUUAAAUAGAGAGCAGUGCUGCUGGUCGGCCAAUGAUACAACGUUAGACGAGGAACGAUGCUCACAGUGGUAUUCCUGGGCAGAAAUGGUGGGUAUAAAAUCAUCAGGAGGAGGGUCAUAUAUCAUCAAAUAUUUCUUCUACAUCGUCUGGGGUUGUUUGUUCGCCUUCACGGCAGCCAUGUUUGUUCGUGUAGUUGCUCCUUAUGCUUGUGGCUCUGGUAUUCCUGAGAUUAAAACCAUACUUAGUGGAUUCAUUAUUCGUGGGUAUCUGGGUAAAUGGACUCUGCUGACCAAGUCAGUGGGUAUGAUGCUGUCAGUAGCUGCAGGUUUGAGCCUCGGCAAGGAAGGACCGUAUGUCCAUGUAGCCUGCUGCUGUGGAAACAUUUUCUCGUACUUGUUCCCGAAAUACGGCAGUAAUGAAGCUAAAAAGAGAGAGGUGUUAUCAGCUGCGUCUGCUGCAGGAGUAAGUGUGGCCUUUGGUGCUCCCAUUGGUGGAGUACUCUUCAGUUUGGAGGAGGUCAGUUAUUAUUUCCCACUGAAGACAUUGUGGCGGUCAUUCUUCUGUGCAUUGGCUGCAGCAUUUGUCUUACGGUCCAUCAAUCCAUUUGGCAACGAUCAUCUUGUCAUGUUUUAUAUAGAAUACAAUGAGCCAUGGUACCUGCAAGAACUUGUUCCAUUCAUCUUAAUCGGGGCAUUAGGGGGUUUAUAUGGUAGUUUAUUUAUCAAACUCAACAUCAGAUGGUGUCAAUAUAGGAAGAAUUCUGUGCUGGGAAAAUAUCCAAUUGUUGAAGUACUUGUGGUAGCAUUUAUUACAACAUUGUUAAGUUUUCCUAAUCCAUAUACAAGAAUGAACACGAGUGAAAUGAUACGACAGCUGGUCAGUAGUUGUGGACCUGAAGAUACUAAUGAUUUAUGUGAUUAUCAAAGAAAUUUCACGGAUCCAAAGUCAUACAUGUCAAGUACAUUUGCUGGGGAUGGUGUAAAGAGAGCAAUAUGGCAACUUUUCCUGGCUCUUUUAUUCAAGGGAAUAAUUACUGUGUUCACGUUUGGUAUGAAGGUACCAUCAGGAUUGUUCAUACCUAGUAUGGCAGUUGGUGCUAUUAUGGGAAGAUUGAUUGGUAUUGGCAUGGAACAACUAGUCAUAGCUAACAGAGAUAGUCCAUUGUUCAAAAAUAUGUGUCAGUCGGAUUGUGCAAUAACUCCAGGACUAUAUGCCAUGGUUGGUGCAGCAGCAGCUUUAGGUGGUGUCACAAGAAUGACAGUGUCAUUGGUGGUGAUAAUGUUUGAGCUGACAGGAGGACUUCAGUAUAUUGUACCCCUCAUGCUCGCCACUAUGGCAAGCAAGUGGGUGGGGGAUGCUUUAGGUAAACAAGGAAUCUAUGACGCACAUAUUCGAUUAAAUGGUUAUCCAUAUCUGGACAACAAAGAGGAGUUUACUCAUACUACAAUAGCAGCAGACGUCAUGCGUCCAAGAUGUUGGCGCUAUGGUCUCGAAGUACGAAAUGACCCACCACUGUGUGUUAUAACACAGGAGAGCAUGUCUCUAGAAGAAAUAGAAACAUUGUUGAAGGAGACAGAACACAAUGGUUUCCCUGUGGUGGUCUCCCUUGAUUCCCAAUAUCUAGUGGGCUUUGUAACCAGAAGAGAUCUACAGUUAGCUAUAGCAAAUGCACGUAAGAACGUGGAGGGCGUGGUCAGUGAUUCAAUAGUUUACUUCUCUAAUCAGAUCCCCAGUAAUACAGUAGGACCUGCUCCUUUAAAACUCCGAAAAAUAUUAGAUCUGGCUCCUGUUACAAUAACAGACCAAACUCCCAUGGAGACAGUCGUAGAAAUGUUCAGAAAACUUGGCCUCAGACAGACUUUAGUUACUGUUAAUGGGUAAGUUACAAUUGUUGAACAGUACAAACUUGUUAUCCC